CUUUCCCGCCCGCGGGCGGCUGCGCCAUUUCCGCCGCUCCGGCCGCGAUGUCGCGCGGACCCUGGUGGCUGGUGCUCUGGCUGCCGCCCCUGGCCACGCUGCCCGCGGGCGCGGUGAGCGAGGAGGAGGCGGCGAUGUCAGUUCCAAGAUGUAAAUCCUUGAAGGAAAUGGACCUAAUGAAAACUUCUGUGUCAGACUGUUACUGCUACAAUCAAAAUUCACAAAUAGAGUGGACGCAUGUGUGGUCUACUGUGCAGGUGACAGUGAGCAGUCCAGGCCUGCUCAGAUUUGUAUAUGUCACAGGAAGUCAUAAUUGCCAGCAUCCAGAAACCAUCCUAUCAUUUAUCAAAUGUGUGAUUCAUAACUUUUGGGUACCAGAGGAGUCUAAGGAAAUGACCAUGGUCUUCAGUCCAUAUGGAAAAACUGUAUGCUUCUCUGUGAAGCCCAUCGGGAGGGUGUUCACCUACUCAGUGAGCGUGGACCGAAACAUUGUGGAUUUCAAACUCUUCCUUGUGUUUGUAGCAGGCAUUUUCCUCUUCUUUUAUGCAAAGACCUUGAGCCGAAGCCCUGUUUUCUAUUACGCUUCGGGUACCGUGUUAGGUGUUCUGAUGACACUAGUCUUUGUCCUUCUGAUGUCUAGGAGACACAUUCCAAAGCACAGCACGUUUGGGGCGCUAAUGGUUGGUUGCUGGUUUGCUUCAGUUUAUGCUGUGUGCCGGUUGAUGGAAGAUCUGAAGUGGCUGUGGUGUGGAAACAGAGUGUAUGUGUUAGGCUAUGUCUUGGUUGUCGGGCUUUCUAGCUUUGCUGCCUGCUACAGGCGUGGGCCUCUCACUGAUGAGUGGAGCAGAGGCCUUCUGAUGUGGACUCUGCGGUUCUUCUCCCUGGUCCUGGUCUACACUGGUGUGGCCGUGCCUCAGUUUGCCUAUGCCGUUAUGGUGCUCCUCCUGUUCUCCUGGAGUCUGCGCUAUCCACUGAGAGCAAUCAGCUAUCUGAGGUGGAAAACGAGGCAGUGGUUCACAGCGGAACCGCUGGUGGUGAGGUACCUCACUGACGAUGAGUACAGGGAGCAAGCUGAGGCUGAAACAACCAGCGCCCUCGAGGAACUGCGCCGUGCCUGCUGCAGGCCUGACUUCCCUUCCUGGCUGGCAGUCUCCAGACUCCAGGCUCCUAAAAAGUUCGCAGCCUUUGUUCUCGGAGCCAGCCACUUGUCACCGGAAGAAGUCAGCACACACGAAAAGCAGUACGGCCUUGGGGGUGCCUUCUUGGAAGAGCAGCUCUUUAGCCUUCAUACUGACAGUCUUCCUGCAAGUUGACUUCAUUCUGAACAGGAGAGCGGGUAAAAGGCAAAGAGCCUGUCACCGUGGGCAGAGCCAUGUACGGACAGUGGGAAAGCGUGCGCUGCAGAGCAGAGCCAUCCGAGUUAGGAAAAGCACACGUUGAGAACUGAUGCUGGCAGCUCACUUACUGUGCUGGAAGUGGCACCAGGGCUCUAGGAAUCGCUGCCACCUGCCCUGAGUGAAGAUGACCUUCCUUAGAACCCUGGGAACUGUUCUUUAGGACCAGGAAGCAGGGUCAGAUACUGUCCCAGCACCCAGCACUAACUUCUCCCUUGAUGCCCUGAGGCUGGUCCAAAGGCUCCAUUGUUCUCCCUUCACUUCUUAAUUUCUGUGUUUUCUAAAGUGCAGUCCACGUGAUGCUAGUCAGGGCUGGUGAAGGGAGUCAACGCCCUGCAGAUUUCUCCAUCUUCGGUGGCCUGAAGGCAUGUGGGUUUUCUGAGAGGCAGCCAUCGUCAGACCGGACUUUAAAGUACAAGGACUUUAACCAUUUAUUGUGUGAUUAAUAAUCUUUAGAACACAUUUGCAAAAUGCCGCUGAUGGUGUAAUUUGGGUGUGAGAGACGUGUCCUCAGCAGCCCUGGCAGCGUUCCAGCCCUGGUGCAUCCUGAGACUCGGGUAGAAGACACAUCUUCAGAUUUGGGGUCCAGGCUGUCUCCCCACAGCCGUGGUCUCACUGUGUUGGUGCCUCUGUUUUUGUUUGUUGUUUAAUAACAGCCCAUUAGUGAUUUAAUCACUGAAGAAGAAACAUUUCUUAGGAUUAUACUUAAUGUUUUCACAAGGUUUUAUAUGCAGACUGAUCAUUACUUUUUGUACUUUUAUAUAUUGAAAUUGAAAGCAGGUAGCCAUCUGUGACAUUGUGAGAUUUAUUUUUUUAAACAGCUUUUAUAUGUUUGCCAUGAUUUCUCACAAAAUAGAUUUGUGAUACUUUUUUUAUAAAGAGCAAAUAUUUGUUUCUUGGUCCAUGAUCAACUCCAGCACGAAACGAACCACUAACUGUGCCUGACCCCAAGGGCAGGAGCCGAAGCGCGGUCCGAGGGUUGAGUAUGGUGAAUGUUCUGUGAAGAAGUUGCUGCCUCUGUGAUCUGAGAAUCAGAUGCAGAGUUGUUCUGUCUUUGUUUUGUAAUGACAACAACACGACAACCCUCCUUUAUAGAGAGGCACAGCGAGGGGACACCCAGGUCGUUGCCGUCAUUUCUUGAGAGCAGUGCUUACCUUCUGGAACUUUCUAGAUUUCUCAAAUGAUCUUCCUGAAGCAGCCUGUCAGUGUUUCUAGGUCUGCUUUUUGACAGACAUAUUUAAUAUUAGGAGUCUUUUUUGUUGUCUUUUUAUAUUUUUGAAUGGUUGCUACAGCUGUCUGAUUGGCAACUGCAAGGCCGCAUGGGCCGUACGUAGCUGGAGGGAAAUCUGUUCCCUCCGGCUCCAACUCUCGAAUAACUAAACCUCUCCCCCUCUAAAGAAGUCAAGAUUCAAAGGUUAAGAUGGAAUCCUGCUCUUCAGAGGCUGAAUAGCAAGUAGCUCACCUCCUCUCCUUGCUCUCGUCCUCCAAAAAGCCCCUGUGCCUCUCCUUGCCCCUCCUUAUAAACCCUUUCUCACCUGGCUCCUCCCCACCACUUCCUGCCAGCUAGCUGCUGAUGCAGCCUCCUGACUGCAGGUGAAUUUUAUUUAAUCAAACACAUCUUUGCA